UGAGCCAAGAUGCUUUUUGUUUUCAAUCGAGAAGGAAGGACCCCAAGAGGAAGAGGAGAGGGCAAAAAAGAAAGGACCUUUUCCUCGUGAUUCCUUCUCGCGAAGCAAACCUCAGAUUGGCCAAUCAAAUUCAUACACACGCAGAUCCAGAUUGGGAAAAAGAUAUGCCCGGAUCCGAUUAGGUCAACGGGUCGGAUCCAGUGAUCUGGCAUUUCAAAGCAAAUGUCAAGUUUUCCUUGAAGAUUCAUUAAUGGAGGAACCAGGAAUCUCUCGUCGUCCGAGUAUUUACUACAGACCAAUAAACCCUAAUGAUUUAGAUCGGUUGGAGCAGAUACAUCGAGAUAUCUUCCCCAUCAAGUAUGAGUAUGAGUUUUUCCAGACUGUUGUGAACGGAGUUGGUAUCGUCUCAUGGGCUGCUGUUGAUCGGAGCCGGCCUGAUGGUUAUUCUGAUGAACUUAUCGGUUUCGUUACUGCCAAGUUUGUGCUUGCCAAAGACAGCGAGAUAGAUGAUCUAAUAUGUUACGAUUCCUCACAAGGAGAGGAGACUUUGAUAUACAUCUUGACACUCGGCGUUGUAGAAACUUACAGAAACCAUGGAAUAGCAAUGUCACUUAUUAGUGAGGUGAUUAGAUAUGCUUCUGGUUUAUCUUUAUGCCGAGGAGUCUACCUUCACGUGAUUGCAUACAACAAACCUGCAAUCCGUUUGUAUAACAGAUUGAUGUUCAGAUGCGUCAGGAGAUUAAACGGAUUCUAUCUAAUCAAACGACAGCAUUUUGAUGCCUUCUUGUUUGUCUACUUCGUCAAUGGUUAUCGUUCUCCUUGCUCACCCUUAGAGGUUGCAAUUUUCGUUGUGAAUUAUAUGAAGAAUGGAAUCAAGUCGGUAGCGUCUAAGCUGACGAGGAAAGAGGAGAAAGGCUUGAAAUGGCUGGUUUGCAAAGACACAGAUUGCGUCUUACCCACGCAAACUAAACCUAACCUCGGAUCAUCAUCCGGGUACUAAUUAAUUUAAAUUCAAAUUUAAACUGUAUCUUCGAUUCAUUUGCUUUUGUGUAAUAAAAUGUACAACGUCCUAAACAUGUACAACAUUAAUCAUCAUCAAUACAUGUUAAUAGAGUUUUG